CAGUUACGCGCCACCAAUUUGACUUUUGAGGCGUAUCGAAAUUAGCUCUUUUGGGAAACCUCAAUUAAUAUCUCACGCUCGCCGCCGUCUCAGCCGUGUCCCCUCCCCGGCAGCCGCAGCCGUUGUCCAGCCCUAAUUUCUACGAGAAGUCUUGAAAUUCUCACAUCUGGUUCUGCAAUAGGUGAAAAAUGUUCAAAGCAUUCCGUUGGAAGCCUUCUUAUAGGCAACUCUCUGCAGUUGUUGUUUCUCCCCAAUUCAAUUUGUGGAGAGGAAUGCAUAGUAGGUCUAAGAAGGCAAUGGAGUUCGUAGCCAAAGGAUUUAGUGCUUUGCAGGAAGUUGACAGAGUUAUUGAUUAUUGUGAGCGUAAUGAUCAGCGUCUCAUCCCUUUGCUUAGGGCAGCAAAGCAACAUUUUGAGUUGGCUCUUGAAGCUGACAACUCGAGCACUAAUGCUAGAUAUUGGCUUGCUAAAGUGCAUCUCAAAUACCAGUUCUGCCCUGGUGCAUGUAAACCUGUAGGGGCUGCAUUGCUAGUGGAAGCUGCUGAGAUGGGCAAUCCUAAUGCACAAUAUGAUCUUGCCUGCCACCUAAGAGCUGAGGACCGUCUUGCACAAUCGGCGCAGAAAGCUAUGUAUUAUCUGCAGAAGGCAGUUGACCAGUUGCAUCCUGGUGCUCUCUAUCUCUUAGGAGCUAUAUACUUGACUGGGGAUUGUGUGAACCAGGACAUUUCGUCUGCCAUUUGGUGUUUCCACAGAGCAGCAGAAAAGGGUCAUGCUGGUGCUGCCAUAGCCUACGGAUCUCUUCUCCUUGCAGGUGUUCGACUUCCCGAAUCCGUAACCAAAUUCAAUGUGAAGAAAGCGUCCUCAAUCAGAAAACAGAGGGACGAUUCUGGAUCCGAUGAGUAUAAUCCAGUUGAGAUGGCAAGAGAUCAAUUUGAAAUUGCUGCUAAUGCAGGAUGUGAUCUUGGAUUGAAAUGGUUGAAACUUCUUGACGAGGAAGAGAAGAAGAAAAGCAUGUCGAGCUCUUAAUGUAGGUCUUAAUACAUAAGAUUUACCUACCUUUGAUAAUUCUGGCCUUGAUAGCUUAUAAACUGUUGGGAACUCCUUGUAACGAAGAUGGGAUAAAUAACAAAAAAGUGGGGAUCACUAAAAUAAGAUAAUUUCUUUUCAUUUUUUCUUA